UAGGACGGACACCAGACCCACGUGGUUCAUCAUAAUAAUCAUGGCGGCUGGUUUCAAGACUGCUGAGCCUCUGGAGUACCACAGGAGCUUUCUGAAAGAAAACUGUCGACCUGAUGGGCGAGAGCUGUCUGAGUCCAGAACCACAACACUGAACAUAGGGUCCAUAUCCACAGCAGAUGGCUCAGCCCUGGUCAAGAUGGGAAACACCACAAUCAUCUGUGGAAUCAAAGCGGAGCUGGCAAACCCGACAGUGGAGGCACCUGGGAAAGGAUACAUCGUGCCCAACGUGGACUUGCCACCUCUAUGUUCCUCUCGGUUUCGUCCGGGUCCUCCGGGAGAACAGGCCCAGGCUGCCAGCCAGUUCAUCGCUGAUGUUAUUGAAAGCUCUGAAGUGAUAAAAACAGAAGACUUGUGUAUUGACAGAGGAAAGCUCUGCUGGGUGCUCUACUGUGACAUGAUGUGUCUUGACUACGACGGGAACAUUCUGGAUGCUUGCAUCAUUGCCCUGCUGGCUGCCCUGAAGAACACACAGCUUCCAGAGGUCACCAUCAACAAGGAGACAUGUGCACCAGAGGUGAAUCCAGAAAAGAGAUGCGGGCUGCAUAUUCACAAACAUCCUGUUGGUGCCUCUUUUUGCGUCUUCGAUGACUCCAUUCUGAUCGUAGAUCCCACAGCUGAGGAGGAGAGUCUGUCGACCGCACAGCUCACGGUGGUGACAGAUGAGGAAGGUCGACUCUGCUCUCUACACAAACCAGGUGGGACGUCACUGUCGGGAGAGAAACUGCAGGAGUGCAUCAGCAGAGCAACAGCACGACAGAGAGAGAUCCAGAAACUCAUUGACAAAGUUAUACAUAGUGUGAAGACGGCACAAUAAAGAGACUCAGACGAUACCUUUUUAUCUAAAAGCUGUAUUUUCCACUGUCAAUAUAUAUUCUUUUUUUUUAAUAACAAUAAAACUGCUGACAAAGA